AUGAGCUCCUAUUUCGUCAACUCACUGUUCUCCAAAUACAAAACUGGGGAGUCCCUGCGCCCCAACUAUUAUGACUGCGGGUUCGCCCAGGAUCUGGGCGGAAGACCCACCGUGGUGUAUGGACCCAGUACCGGAGGCAGCUUCCAGCAUCCGACGCAAAUUCAGGAAUUCUAUCACGGGGCGUCCUCGCUCUCCACGUCCCCGUACCAGCAGAACCCGUGCGCGGUGGCUUGUCAUGGGGAUCCGAGCAACUUCUACGGUUACGACCCGCUGCAGAGACAGACGCUCUUCGGGGCCCAGGACUCGGACCUGGUGCAGUAUGCCGACUGCAAGCUCGCCGCCGCCAACGGCCUGGGGGAGGAAGCUGAGGGCUCGGAACAGAGCCCUUCUCCUACGCAGCUCUUUCCUUGGAUGCGACCGCAAGCAGCCGCCGGACGCAGGCGAGGCAGACAAACCUACAGUCGCUACCAGACACUGGAGCUGGAGAAGGAGUUUCUGUUUAAUCCCUAUCUGACUCGCAAGCGGCGGAUCGAGGUGUCGCAUGCCCUGGGACUGACAGAGAGACAAGUCAAAAUCUGGUUCCAGAACAGGAGAAUGAAGUGGAAAAAGGAGAACAACAAAGAUAAGUUUCCCAGCAGCAAGUGCGAGCAGGAAGAGUUGGAAAAACAGAAAAUGGAACGGGCCCAGGAGGUGGAGGAAGAGGGGGAAGGACAGAAAGCAGACAAAAAAUAG